AUGGAUGAUUAUAUGGAUGAUUAUAUAGAUGAACUUCUUAUGAGUAGUAAUCCAGAAAUUAAUGAAUUUAUUAGAAAUAAUGGUAGAUUAAAAUGGAUACCUUAUAAAGAAUUAACUAAUAUUGAAUAUUAUACUCAUGGAGGUUUUGGUGUGAUAUUAAAGGCUAAAUGGAAAUCUGAAGAUGUUGAAGUUAUUUAUGUUGUUCAAUGCUCUGGAAUUUCUCAAGAUCCUGAAACAAAAAAUUAUUUAAUGAUAAUGCAUUAUUUUGAAGAUGGUAGUUUAAGACAAUAUUUAAAUGCCAAUUAUAAUCAAAUAUCUUUAAAAAGCAAACUUGCUAAUGAGUUACUUCGUAGUUUUAAAAUGUGGUAUUUUAAUAAGGAUCUAGAAUUUCGUAAACAAUACCAACAAGUAGAAGCUGCAGAAGAUCAAUUAUUAUCAAAUAACAUAACCUACCAAACGCAUCCACAAUCCGUUUAUACCAGUCGACUGCUAAAUUUAAUUUCGAAUGAAACUGAUUUUUACAUUUCCGAAAACCUUGGUGAACUUGACAUUAAAAAUAAUGAUUAA